AUGCCCUCAACCCUUCCUACCCGCCAACUAGGCAAAAACGGCCCCUCCGUCCCAGCCAUAGGCCUAGGACUCAUGGGCCUCUCGAUGCACUACGGCCCAGCCCCCAAGGACGAAGAACGCUUCAAAUUCCUCGACCGCGCGAUCGAGCUAGGAGCCACAUUCUGGGAUACCGCAGACAUGUACGGCGACUCCGAAACCGUCCUCGGAAACUACUUCGCGCGCACAGGCACGCGAGACAAGAUCUUCCUCGCGACAAAAUUCGGCUUCGAGAAGGGGUCGAUCAACAACAUCAACAGCUCAGCGGAGUACCUGAAGCAAGCGUGCGACGAGUCGUUGAAGUCGCUACAGACAGACUACAUCGACCUCUACUACAUGCACCGCGUGAACCCGCGAACCCCAAUCGAAGAAACGAUGCGCGGACUCAUCGAGUACGGCCCCUCGGAGCUCUCCAUCGAGACACCCGCUGGGACAGACCUCCUCGCAACCUGUCGAGACCUCGGCGUCGCCGUCGUGGCCUACUCCCCCCUCGGCAGGGGCCUCCUCGGCGGCGCCCAAGACUUCUCUGCGGAAGGGGACUGGAGGGGCAUGUUCCCGCGGUUCACCGGGGAAGUCUUUUCCGCGAAUCAGAGGGUUGUUCAGCAGUUGGGGGCGCUGGUGCGGGGGAAGGGGUGUACGACGGCGCAGCUUUGUCUGGCGUGGGUUUUGGCGCAGGAGGGGGUGGUGCCGAUUCCGGGGACGAAGAAGGUGAAGUACCUCGAGGAGAAUGUUGCGGCGGCGGCGGUGGGGGUUAGUGCAGAGGAGGAGAGGGAGGUGAGGAGGAUUGUGGAGGGGGUGCAGGGGUUGAGGGUUCCGGAGGGGUUUUUGUAUCAGUGUUUUGUUGAUACUGAUGAGGAAAAGUAA